AUGGACUUGCAUUGUGAUUGUAAUGAUAUUUCGGCUUCUGAACAACAAACUGGCAAGAUAAGUAAGACAGCAUUUAAAUUAUUUGGGAGGAAAAAAUCAGGGGGCACCAUGCCUAGUAUUUUUAAUCUGAAAAACAAAGGGGAUAGGAAAAGCUCCUUGAAAAUGGGGCUUGUUAGAAGCAAAACGCAUGAUGGAAUUGCUGAUAUGGGACUAGAAGUAAGCACCAAGGAAGAAUCUUUGAGUAAUUAUCAACUGGACAAUGAUUCCAGUACAAAAAUUGUCAACAGUAUGAGCUUUGCUGCUGGUGGUUGCGGACCUAUUGCUAAGUCUCACAGCUUUUUCUCUUUACUAAAAAGGAAUAGUAGGUUAGAAAAUGGUAAGGGGGAGUCAGUACAUUCAAACUCUGAGCAGGUGAAGGAGAAGAGUUGCAACAGACAAAAGAAAGGACUGAAAGGGUUGUUCAGCAGCAUGAAAUGGAAUAAAAAGGACAAAAUUAGUAAAGAGGAAAAAGAGGAGUACCUGGAAAUCCAUGGCACUAUUACACUGCCUAGUUCUUUGACUGCCAGCCUGGAAUGUGUAAAAGAAGAGACACAGAAAUCUUGCUCUGAACCUGAAAGUGCUGCACUGGAAAUGCAAAACAAAUUAUCCUGUGAAUUGCAGUAUGAUAAUGAGGACACUUUCACUGAGGAAUCAAAACACACAAAUAGUGGGAAGUGCCUUCCAGAAUUAUGUAAAAACUUGGAGAAAGUCACAACUGACCGCCAAUUAUUGGACCAAGAUUCUAAUGUCAAGGCUUUUGAACAGCUGGAGGAAAAACAGGAUGGAGGAUUGACUCAUGUGGGGCAGGAUGUACAAGAAGAAUGUAUUUCUGUAACUGGAUCUGAAUCUCAUCACACUCCUGAAGCUUCAACACUCUGUGCACCCAAUAAUGAUCCAUCCUCAGAACAAUCAAUUGAUCGUAUUUGCUUAAUGUUUUCUGAUGUUACAUCUUUAAAGAGCUUUGAUUCAUUUACAGGGUGUGGAGACAUUAUUGCUGACCAGGAUGAUGAGGGGAAUGUCUGUGAAAGAGGAGCUCCUGCAGAAAAGGGAAAGGGUGGUGCAAAGAAACGCUCAAAUAUUCUGACUUAUCAAGGUGGAGGAGAGGAGAUGGCAAGCCCAGAUGAAGUUGAUGAUGACUAUCUACAAGAAUUUUGGGACACACCUCCAUCAACUGUUGAACCUCUUAAAGACAAACAGGACCAGAGCAUGGCUGACCAAAUUCCCUGGAUAGCUUCAGAAAUUCCAACUUGCCUUGGUGAUGUGGCAGAGGGAACCUUAGUCAAACAGCUUCCUUUGAAUGAUUUUCCCAAAGCUAAAAAUGAUAAUGAAGACCCAAUGACCACUAAGAGUGAUCAACAAGAUUGUGUCCCAAAUAGUGAUGAGGGAUACUGGGACUCCACAACCCCUGGACCUGAUGAUGAAAGUGGGAAAACACUUGCUACCAGGGCAAGUAUUCCAAGAGACAGUUACAGUGGAGAUGUUCUGUAUGAUCUGUUUGCAGAUGUAGAUGAAAGUCUGACAAGUAUUGUUUCAGAUGAAGAAAUGUCCUCUGUAUCUGAACCUAAAAUCCAGUCUCCAAAACCUCUUGUGUCCACAUCUAAUAUUACUGCCUCCAACAUUACUACAAUUUCCAAGGAGAAGAAUGUAUCUGCUAUCCCCAGGCAUCGGGCCACUUCAACUGCACGACAGAGUGAAGCAAAUCACACUCACUGGCCUCAGACACAUCAGCAGUUGGUAGGAUAUGAGCCUGCAAGAACCAAAAUUCCUGUUGCUAAGACAUCAAUUCCUAGACCCAAUAACAAAGGCAUCACUGGAACAAAUGCAAAGGUCUUGGCAACCAAGGGAACUGCAAAAAAAAUAGUCUCUGAAAAGCUACGGUUGGAAAAUUAA